CUCACUAUACCAGCAAAUUAACUGAGGUACCUGAUAAAGUUGUUAAUGAUAUUUAUGAUGUAUCUGCUUUCGAAAUCAAAAAUUUAUGGAAAAUGGUACAACAAGUAUCUAAAAAGGGUCGGGUUUAUUUCAAAGUGUUAAACAUGGAAGAUUUUAAUAACCUGUUUUAUAGAAAGAAAUGGAUCCAAGUAAUUUCUGGUUCCACAUUUGGAAGCAAAAACUCCAUAGUGGUGAAGAUUGAGAAUGAGUUUGGAAAUGAAUCAACUUUAAAUAUCUUUGACCCAAUUAGAACAGUACCAUUCACAAUUUCAAAUGGUAAUGCUCACAAAAGUUUAGCUUUAUGUCUUAAAAACUUUGUUAAAGAAGUAUUUAGUCUUCAUCAACUACGUCAAUUUGGGUUUGUCCCACAGAUAUCAGAAUUUGGAGUUAUAAUUAACGAAACAGCAAGAUAUGUUUCCGAAGUGACUCCUAACAGAAUGGAAGACAGUGGGUUUUUUUAUAAUUAUCCAGCUAAGGGUAAGAGGCUUUGUGAAUUUAGCUAUAAAGAGGUACGUUACCUAGAACCAACCAUUCGUAGAGCAGUUUCCCAAAUGCACCAAGCAGGAGUAGCUCAUUUAAAUCUAAACUCUUCUAAUAUCAUUGUCCAAGAUCUAGAUUCCAAGAAAGUUUGUAUUAUUGAUUUUAGUCACUCUUAUAUGGAAUGGCAUAAAAACUAUCAAUGGCCAGCUUAUAGUUAUGGUACUAAGAUAAAAACAGAACUACCAAGAAAUUUUAGCAUGGCAGCACGUUUAGACUUAGAUUCUCUUGAUUUAAUAUCUUGUUGCAUUAUUUGAAUAUAUCUAUGAGUUUUAGUAAAAGCAUCUCUUCUGUAUAUUUUCUUCAUUAGUAUAAUAAAAAUGUUCACUACUUAGUUGAGCUACUAAUACUUGAAGAUUGGAGCUCUAUAUGCUUUUAUUGAUAACUUAAAAAAACUUUGAAUAUAGUGAAUGCUUAUUGUUAAGUUCAGACAAGACAAGUGAACUAUGUAAAUAUGAAAGUAGUG